GGAGUAAUAAAUCUGUUGAUGUUUCUUUUUUCCGCUUACUUACUCCUGCUGCUUUCGUCCAUUACAUAAGCACUUAUGUAAUGGUGCCUGGUGCACAAAAUUGUAAACAAGAGUCCGAAUUUUGGGAAAUUCAGGCAUCGUGUUAAUAAAAAAGAUAUAAAUAUUGAUACAUUCCGUUCUUUGCUACCUACUUACAGGUUGUUCCUUGAGUUUGAAUAAAACAAAAUGUCUGACCAAUUAUUUAGAAUCAACUGCGGAUACCAAAACUAUGAUUGGGGGAAGAUUGGGUCCUCUUCAGCCGUUGCCCAAUUUGCAUCACGUUCUGACCCAACUACCAAGAUUGAUGAAAGUAAGCCAUAUGCAGAGUUAUGGAUGGGGACCCAUCCUUCUGUUCCAUCCAAGGUUGUUGAACCCACCAGUGGGAACAACGGAGAAAUCUUGAGAAGCUUAAUUAGCCAACAUCCAAAAGAAUUAUUGCACCAAAGUAUUAUUGAUAAAUUUGGUUCUGAUAAAGAAUUACCAUUUUUGUUUAAAGUAUUGAGUAUUGAAAAAGUUUUGUCUAUUCAGGCUCAUCCAGAUAAAAAAUUAGCUGCCCAAUUACAUGCCAAUGACCCUAAGAAUUAUCCUGACGAUAACCAUAAACCAGAAAUGGCGGUGGCCGUUACUGAUUUUGAAGGUUUCUGUGGAUUCAAGCCUUUGGAAGAAAUUGCAUUAACGUUGAAAGUUAUUCCUGAACUUAGGGAAAUUGUUGGUGAAGCCUUAUCUGAAGAAUUCAUUGGUGGUAUCAAAUCAAAUGUUACUAAAGGUGAUUCUGACGAUGUAAACAAUCGUAAAUUAUUACAAAAAAUUUUUGGGGCUUUAAUGAACACCGAUGAAAAAACCAUUGCUUCAAAAGCUGCUUCUUUAGUGGACAGAGCCACUACCGAUGCUAAGGUUUUCGACCAGAUUUCUCCAAAAUUAGCUAAUUUGAUUUUACGUUUAAAUAAACAAUUCCCAAAUGAUAUUGGUUUAUUCUGCGGUUGUUUAUUAUUAAAUCACGUUCCUUUGAAAAAGGGUGAAGCCAUGUUUUUACAAGCUAAAGAUCCUCAUGCUUAUAUUAGUGGUGACAUCAUGGAAUGUAUGGCUGCUUCCGAUAACGUGGUCAGAGCCGGGUUCACUCCUAAAUUCAAAGACGUUACCAACCUAGUUGAAAUGUUGACUUACGACUACGGUUCAGUUGAUACUCAAAAAAUGCCCUUAUUACCAUUCCCUAAAUCAAAUGGUGAUGCUUCCAAAUCCGUCUUGUAUAAUCCUCCAAUUGCCGAAUUCGCAGUCUUACAAACCAUCUUUGACUCCGUUGCCGAUAAAAAACAAUACUUUGAUGCUUUUGAUGGUCCUUCAAUCGUUAUUGCAACCAAUGGUGAAGGUACUAUUCAAAUCAAAGGUUCUAACGACGUUAAAGACCUUAAAACCGGUUAUACCUACUUUGUUGCUCCAGGUACUGAAAUCGAAUUAACCUCAAAAUCUACCGACGAACCUUUCACCACUUACAGAGCUUUUGUCGAAGCCAAUAUUUAAUUCUUAUAGACUCUUUGAUUAAUAUACUAUUGAUAAACAUCCAUACACCCCCCGCAAUUCAGUAACAAAUAAAUCUUCCAGUAGAAAAUUGUUCUUUUUGCUCGCGCCGAAAAAUUUUCGGUGGUGAACCAGCGAUCAAUUUCGUUGAAUUUACACCUGAUUUGU